UCAACACACUCAACACCUCAGCUACCGGCAGCAGUGUCCAGUAUUUUAUCUACGUAUUUAUGAUUUUUCAGUUCAAUAACCUCUCCUCUGUGUCUGUAUUGUAUUCUGUUUAGUCCCAUUAGAACACUACCUCUUCUCCAUUCUUCCUCUCUCUCUGUCAGUGAUGGAGUCAGCCAUUGGUGUACUCGUGUCCCAGUUCAAGGCGUUUGCUGGAAGUGAUGGAUCCUCAGACACACUGAGCAGAGAUGAGUUCCAGAACCUGGUCAAAACACAACUCCCCAACUUCGUUAAGAACGCUGAUGACCCAGCUGUCAUCGACCGACUCAUGGACUCAAUUGACGAGAACAAUGACGGAGAGCUCAACUUCCUGGAGUUCUGGCAGCUGAUUGGACGACUAGCAAAUCAACACGGCGGCUUUAUCCAAUAGGAUGUCUCCAUGUCUUGUUCUGUUACUACCAUAUGAUUACAAUGAUAGGUUAUUCUAGUGGUAUGGUUAUCCCCAUGUUGUGUUUCUAAAUGGUCAAGUGUUUGCUAAAGCUAUGGAGGAUUGGUCCAGCAAAAUAAAACAUGGAUGAAUCAUACAACUAUAGUAUCUAUGACUACCUGACCUUAGUCUCUCUCUCUCUCUCCCUCCCUCUCUAAAGCUAUGGAGGAUUGGUCCAGCAAAAUAAAACAUACAACUAUAGUAUCUAUGACUACCUGACCUUAGUCUCUCUCUCUCUCCCUCCCUCUCUAAAGCUAUGGAGGAUUGGUCCAGCAAAAUAAAACAUGGAUGAAUCAUA